CAAAUCUUUGUGAUAAGUUGUGCGUCGGCAAGCUACUGGAGGACCUCAACUGCACUAUCCGUCAAGCUUGACUAUCUGUCAGAAAAUGCAGCAAGGUGGCAAGUCGCAUUGGUUCAGGCAUUUACGUCUAAUCUUGCAGUAGUGGGUGCUUCAUCGAGAUGAAUCGGCUGGACAUGCAUGGUCUGCACUAAUCACCUACAUGGUGAUAUCUGCUUCUGACCUCACAUUGCCAUAGGCUCUGUUUGCACCUGAGAGAAGUGAACCGAUUCAAGGUGUUCAUAUACUUUUGGGAUGGUUUAAGAAAGGGCCUGGAAGCCUUGUGAGGAUAAACAUUUUGUGUUAAGGCUAUUGAUUUUGGGAACUGAUUUGGUAAUCAGUGCAAUGGAGUGCAACAGAGAAGAGGCCUUGAAGGCCAGGGAAAUUGCUAUUAAGAAGCUGGAAAGCAAAGAUUUUGCUGGUGCUAAAAGGAUUGCCCUUAAAGCACAGAGAAUUUUUCCAGAGAUCGAGAACAUACCCCAGCUGUUAACUGUCUGUGAAGUACAGUGUGCAGCAGAAGCAAAUAUAAAUGGAAUGUUGGACUUUUAUGGAAUUCUCCAAGUGGAAGUAACAGCGGAUGAGAUGACCAUAAAGAAGCAAUAUCGUAAGCUUGUCCUCUCACUUCACCCUGAUAAAAACAGUUAUGCUGGUGCAGAAUCUGCCUUUAAGUUUGUUGCAGAAGCAUACACAACAUUGUCUGAUCGAGCAAAACGAUAUGCAUAUGACAUCAAAUGGAGGGUUGCUUCUAAAGCUGCCCCAAAGCAGGCUACACAACGGACACAAGCUGCAGAACCAACACGGGCUACGCGACCGAAUCAGUCUACACAAACAAAACAGGCUGCAAAACCCAAGCAGGCUGUAAAACCAAAACAGGCUGCGAAACAAAAGCAGGCUACACAACCUAAUCUGGCUGAGGAACCAAAACAGGCUACGCAGCCAAUGCAGGCUACAGAAACAAAGCAGAUCAAUAAACCAAAGCAGGCUACAGAACCAAUGAAGACUACAGAGCCGAUUAACAAAAAUGAUGCAAAUAGAAGUAGCGCGGCAGGAUAUGGACCAUCAGGUUCACCACCCACCGAUGAGUGGACAUUCUGGACUGUGUGCACCCACUGUAAAACAAAAUAUAAGUACUAUGCUGACAUACUGAAUCGUCAGAUCCGCUGUCAGAACUGCAGGCAAAAAUUCUUUGCAUUCAACAUAAGUAAAGAGGAUGUGCCUCCUGUAUUCUCAUCAAAAGCAGCCAAUGGUGCUGGGCAACAGGGCUGUGUUCCCACUCAACAAGGCUGUUCUACAAAUUUCCCUUCUAGAGAGAACAAACAGGCAACGCCUUGGACGAAUGGAGCACAAUAUGGUGAACAAAUGAAGAGUGGUUCAGAACCAAGUGGUGAGGGUAUGGUUAAUCAUAAGGAAACAAGUGGAAAAGGCGGAGUUGAAUUUUCUGCAAGGAAUCCAUCCGAAGCAUCUGCACCAAAUGGAAAUGGUAUGGCAGAUGGAAGGAUUGCAUCUGACACUACUGUGCCAGAUUUUGGUGAUGGGCAAAGCCUAGGUAGUGGGGUGGAUACAUCAGCAGAGCCAGGUGCUGCUGGGAUCCCUAGUCCACGGAGAUCUUCUAGGAGAAAGUCAUGUGCUGAUGCCAAUAACAUCCUGAAUUCUCCAAAGAAAAAGAGUCGGACACUCAAAGAUUGGUUCUCAAAUGCUGCUUCCAGUUCUAAUAAAGUGUUUGAUGAUAAAGCUACUCAUGCUGAUGGGCAGGCUAGUGAACCUCCUGUCUCCAGCAAAACAAAUAACCAAGAGAAAGGUUGUACUGUCAAUGAAGGCAAUCAAAUGAACAAAGAAGCUCAUGAUACAAAUGCUGAGAAGCCUUGCAAUGCUGGGAGCUUCACAUACCCUGAUCCAGAAUUUUGUAACUUUGAUAAGUUCAGGGAUGCCAAUCUGUUUGCAGUUGAUCAGAUAUGGGCACUUUAUGAUGACCAUGAUGCCAUGCCGAGAUAUUAUGCUAGAAUAAGACAUCUUGAUACUAACAACUUCAGAGUUCGGUUCACUUGGCUGGAGCAUGAUGCAGCGAAUGAUGAGGAAGACAAAUGGACUGACAAUAAACUGCCUGUGGCUUGUGGGAACUUUACCCUAGGAAACACAGAGGUGUCAGAAGAUCCCCUCAUGUUUUCUCACAUUGUUUCAUCAUGGUCGAAAGGCCGAAAAAGGGGUUCUUAUGUUAUACAUCCAAGUAAGGGUGAGGUAUGGGCUCUUUAUAAGGGCUGGAGUAUGCAGUGGACCUCAGAUGCAGAUAACCAUAGAUCCUAUGAGUACGAGGUUGUGGAGGUCCUUUCAAACUUCACGAUGGAAGCUGGUGCCACUGUUAUCCCUUUGGUCAAGGUUGAAGGUUUUGUGAGUCUUUUUGCAAAAGCAAAGGACAAGUCGUCAUUUGUUAUACCAUCAAGCGAACUACUUCGAUUUUCCCACAGCAUUCCAUUUUUCAGAACAAAGGGAAAUGAGAAGGUUGGUGUCCCAUGUGGAUUUCUUGAACUAGAUGCUGUGUCACUUCCUAGUGACCUGGAUGCAGCAUUUCCACCAGUUACUCUUGAUUCUUGUGUGCCUAUCGACAGUACAAUGAACAGUGGGUUUGUUGAUUUGACUGGCGAUGCUACACCUGACCCUGGAAAUGAACAAAGUGCUCAAAAGGGAAAUCAGAGAAAUGGAGGAAAGCGGAAAAAUCAUUCCCUUGAAACUCCUGUUCAGGAAGGCUGUCCCUCCCCCACUAUGUACACGUAUCCAGAAACAGUAUUCUACAACUUUGAAGAAGGCCGGUCAUAUAAUAAGUUUGAGCGAGGCCAGAUAUGGGCUCUUUACAGUGAUUUUGAUAAACUUCCCAAGUACUAUGGUUGGGUUACCAAAGUUGAUCUAGAUCCAUUCAGAGUCCAUCUGACUUGGCUGGAAGCUAGCCCACAAUCAGAACAGGAGAAUUUGUGGUUAGAGCAUGAGCUACCUGUGAGCUGUGGGACAUUUAAAAUCCGCAACUGGAGGAUCAAGUAUGACACAAAUGAUGCAUUCUCUCAUGUAGUAGAAACCCAAGUUGGUUCAAAACGGCACUUUGAAAUUCACCCACAAGUAGGGGAGAUUUGGGCGAUCUACUACAAUUGGUCACCUGGCUGGGUUCCUUCCAGCAAGGAUGCUUGUGAAUAUGCCAUUGUUGAGAUUACUGAGCGCUCUGAAGCUAGCACCAAAGUCUUAUUUCUCACUCAGGUCAAUGGCUACAUGACUGUAUUCAAGCCAGACAACGAGAGGAGUAUCCUUGAUGUGCCUGCAAAAGAUGACUUGAAGUUUUCUCACCAGAUACCUUCUUUCCGUCUGACAAAAGAAAAGGGUGGCAAGCUAUGUGGCUUCUAUGAGCUGGAUCCUGCAUCUAUUCCUGAUCCUUUCCUCUCUAGGGGUACCCACUGACUUGCAGAAGCUCAAUUCGGCUGCUCUGAAGAAACAAAGACUAAUUACUUCCCUUUAACUGAAGUGGGCGAUCAGUUCUAUUGUAAAUGUUUCUGGACGUUCAUGCGCCAGGCAACUGUGAUUUGGGCGAAACCUUGCUAUAUGUUCCAGUUCUAGGCCUCGUCGCAUGCAGUGGGUCAUCAGUUCUAUUCCCAGCUGAGCGUAAAAUUAUUAUCUAAUGUUGAUGCAUUUGAAACUGUAAUCGGUCUUUGGUAGAGUUGCAUGCAGGCGAGGGCAGCUGGCCUCUCUAUUACGAGCUGCAAAACAAAUCCGCGUAAUUCAUUAUGAGCUCCAGGAUCAUGUUAAGUCUCAAAUCCUCUAAUGUAAAUUUAGCACUAUCAAUUUUAUAUCCAUUGUUGCUGUUGACCUGACGAUGCUGUAGGGUAGGGACUAGUUACAAUGAGGCAUUCUGGCCUAGUUGGGAAGUUUUUCAAAAUCAUUGUAGUCAGCAUCUUGAUAAUCUAGUUGCCAUUUUGACUCA